GGUUGCUAGUGUAGAGUAUGUAGGCCGUGGAGACCUUCGUCGUUUGCCUUCGCCUAUAUAUAAUCACCUACACAAAGAUGGCGAGGAUGCAAACAGCACCAUUCGGUCGCUCCAGCUUUUGUGCACGUCCACUGUGUCCCUCCUCGCUACCCCCGCUUUUUGUGCGCGGUGGCAACGUGCGACAGCCGAGAGGCAGAAUGACGAAGCAAGUGGUGGUGGUGGACACAGCUCUGGUGGCGCCGAGCGAGGAGACGCCGCGGCAGCCGCUGUGGCUGUCCAACCUUGACCUGGCCGUGCCGAGGACGCACACGCCGCUGGUCUACUACUACCCGGCGCCGGGCACGGGCUCCUUCGCGCCGGACCGGCUGAGGGCCGCAUUGGGCGCCGCUCUGGUGCCAUUCUACCCACUUGCCGGGCGCCUCGGCGUUGGCCCGGACGGCCGGCUGCAGAUCGAGUGCAACAGCAAGGGCGCGCUCUUCGUCGUCGCCAACGCAGACCUCACCGGCGCGGACGUCUUCGACGACUACGAGCCGUCGUCGGAGAUCAGGAACACUUUUGUGCCGUUAGGGGAGUCCGGCGAGGCGAACAACAGCCCCAUAUCCAUGUUCCAGGUGACUUUUCUCAAGUGCGGCGGCGUGGUGCUAGGAACCGCCAUCCACCACGCGGCCAUGGACGGCGUGGGCGCGUUCCAGUUUAUGCAGACGUGGUCCGGGGUGGCACGCGGCCUGGACGUGGCGGAGGCGUGCGGGCCGCAGCCGUUCCACGACCGGACGCUCCUGCACGCGCGGCGCCCGCCGUGCCCGACAUCCGACCACUUCGUCUACUCCCCGGCGUUCCUCAGCGGCCGCCCCCGGCCCUACGUCACCCGCAUCUACUCCGUCUCGCCGAAGCUCCUCGCCGACGUCAAGUCGCGCUGCGCGCCAGGCGUGUCCACCUACUGCGCCGUCACCGCGCACCUCUGGCGCUGCGUGUGCGUCGCGCGCGGGCUAGCGCCGGGCGCGGACACCCGCCUCGGCCUGCCGGCCAACGUCCGCCACCGCCUGCGCCCCCCGCUCCCGCGCACCUUCUUCGGCAACGCCGUCGUGCGCGACCACGUCACCGCCCCCGUCAGCACCGUCCUCGGCGCCCCUCUCGGGUCCGUGGCGGAGACCAUCAAGAAGGCGGUGGACCGCGUGGACGACGCCUUCGCGCGGUCGGUGCUGGACUACCUGGAGCUGCAGAAUGCAGGCGGCAAGCAGCUGAGCGGCCAGGCUCAGGCCCAGGCGCCCAGGGAGCAGCUCGUACCGGCGACGGACCUGUGGGCGGUGAGCUGGCUGGGGAUGGCCAUGUACGACGCCGACUUCGGCUCAGGCGCGCCGCGGUUCGUCGCGCCGGCGCAGAUGUUCGGCAUCGGCACGGCGUAUAUGACGCCGCGCGGUCCGGACAGGGACGACGGCAUCGCCGUGCUCAUCUCUCUGGAGCCCGAGUACCUGUCGUGCUUUGAGAAGGUCUUCUUCUAUAACGAGUGAUGUCUCAGGUCUGGAGUUCAAGGAUGUGAACGUGUGAAUCUCCGUUCGAGUAGUAAGCUAUUUUUCCUUUCCCUUUUUUUUUGUACGUCUGAGCGGUCCCACCGAGUAUUCUAGGUAUUCCUUGAAAUACUUAUUGUUUUGGUCAAAUAAAUAAAUAUCUGCCUUGCGUUAUUGAA